UCCAAGAGGUCUUGCAAUCCGCAAUCCGCAUAUUCCGGUGAGAACGAGUCGGCGACUCUGGCGGCGGCGAGAACGAAAAGCAGAGGACGAACGAUUCCGGCGAUGGAGGAGCUGAUUGACGAGAUGCGAGUAUGCGACGAAGGAGGAGCUGAUUAACGAGUUGCGGGCUUGCGGCUGUAGGCGAUAAAGAGAUGCGGCUGUAGGCGAUUAGUCACAGAUUUGAUUAAUUGGAUUGGGCUUGGAUAGUUGGAUCAGUGGAUAAGAAACGGAUAGCUUGUGUUACAAGCGUUGUAUUAGAGGUAUAUAUACCCUACGUCGCUCUCUCUUUCAGCUGAAAAAAACUCAGCCGUUCCACUGCCCGUCCGCUUCCAGCCGCUUCGUCCGACUCCGACCGCCGCGCCAGGUGUACCCUACGUCCGCCAUCCGAUCUCGACCUUAAGUUUCAUACUUUUCUCUAAAUAUCAUGCAAAGAGUCUGGAAAUGGGGGUUCCAAAGAAAGCUACAAGAUCUAGUAAGAGGGGAGGUCAAAGUGUAUCCACGGCAUCAAUGUGUGAAGGGCUUGAACAACUGGGGAAUAGUGACAAUGAUACUAACUACGAAGAGAUUGAAACCUGUCCCGUUACCUUUACAGGAAAGAAAAAGAAAUCAUCUAAAAAGAGUAAUCCAUUCUAUUUGGAUGAUGAUGCCAGUUUUAAUAAUAUAAAUACCGAUUCAUUUGAAGAGGAUGCCACUGCUCAGGAAGAGGAAGAUGAUGCAUCUACGAUUGUGUUUUGUGGGAAAAAGAAGUCUUCUAAAAAGAAGAGUCAAUCUGCAUUCAAUAUCCUCCAGGAAGAGUCAGUUAGUGAUGGGAAACAGAGAUUAACUGAAAGUGACAAAGAAAUAGAAGGAACAAAAAGCAAACAAGUUCAUGUUGACCCUCUUGGAAUUUCAAAGGCCAAUUCAAAGAAGAAGAAGGGUGGAAAUACAUAUCAAGAAGAUGAUGAAAUUGACAAGAUUCUAGCUGAGCUCAGCGAUGCUGCACCAAUUCCUUCUAAUACUGCUCUACCUCCCCCUGGAGAGAUGUUACAGGUAGAACCUGAACCAAAAGGUAAAACAAAGAAAAAGAAGGGUGGAAAAAAAACUGAAGGGAAGGAUGAAAUUGACACAAUUUUGGCCGAACUUGGAGAGGGUUUGCGAACUUCCAAACCUGACCCUGCUUCUUCUCCACAAGAGGAAAAAGACCAGGAUCUUCUUGAAGCAAGAGAAGAUAUUCCUGAAAAGGAAACAGUGGAGGGGGUGGUGGAGUCUGCAGCUGCGAAGAAGAAGAAAAAGAAAAAAGAGAAAGAAAAGGAGAAAAAGGGGGUGGCAGCUGCAGCCGCUGGACCUGUGUUUGUGGAAAGGCAGGAAACAAAAGCUGAUGGCAAGGGUAAGGGUGACAAAAAAGUCCCUAAACAUGUCAGAGAGAUGCAGGAGAGGCUUGCAAAACUUAAAGAAGUAGAAGAAAGGAAGAAAAGGGAAGAGGAGGAGAAGUUGAGGAAGGAAGAAGAAGAACGUCUCCGUCUAGAGGAGUUAGAGAGGCUUGCAGAGGAAAGAAAACGCUUAAAAAAGGAGAGGGAAAAGGAAAAAAUGUUGAAGAAGAAGCAAGAGGGGAAGUUGCUGACCGGAAAGCAAAAGGAAGAAGCUCGCAGAUUAGAAAAGAUGAGAAAGCAAAUACUCACAAAUGCCGGGGGCUUACCACUCCCUGGUGGGGAGACUGCUAUGGAUGGAACGAAACGGCCAAAGUACCAAACAAAGAAGGCAAAACAACAAUCCCAUGGUAAUGAUAACCCUGUUUCUGCCACUACUGAAAUCAGUGAUGUGAAGGAAGCUGAGCAUGAAAUUAUACCCGAGGUUGACUCUUUGGAAACAGAGAAGGUUGAAGAAUUGGAUUCAUCGAAUUCAGAUGACAAAUCAGAGGCUGUUGAUGCUGAAGAAAAUGAAAUUGAAGAUGAUGAAGACGGUGAUGAUUGGGAUGCAAAAAGCUGGGAUGAAGAUGAUCUCAGACUGCCUGGUAGAAGUGCAUUUUCUGAUGAGGAGGUAGAUGGCCAACCCAAAGCUCUAGCAAGAAAACCAAAAAAGAUUGCACAGGCAGCCGGUUGUGAUUCAGGUGCUCUAUCUGUUGCUUCUAAGCGAACCCCUAUAAAUGCGCCUGCUGUAUCUAAAGUUGAGGACAUUAAUAUAAGGGACCCAGAGUAUGAGAGCAAGGAAAAAAGUUGCCAAGAAAAAAAAGAAGCACAAAAACCUGUUGCAAUGCCAGACAAGAGUGAAAGGAACCUCCGUUCUCCCAUUUGCUGCAUUAUGGGUCAUGUUGAUACUGGGAAAACAAAGCUCCUUGAUUGUAUACGAGGCACUAAUGUCCAAGAAGGUGAAGCAAGAGGGAUCACUCAACAGAUUGGUGCGACUUACUUUCCUGCGGAGAAUAUAAGAGAGAGAACUAGGGAACUUAAAGCUGAUGCUACCCUGAAGGUGCCUGGUUUAAUUGUUAUUGACACCCCAGGGCAUGAGUCAUUUACUAAUCUCCGCUCUCGAGGGUCAGGACUAUGUGAUAUUGCAAUUUUAGCUGUGGACAUUAUGCAUGGACUAAAGCAGCAAACUAUUGAGUCACUCAAUCUUUUAAAGAUGAGGAAUACCGAGUUCAUAAUUGCUUUGAACAAGGUUGACUUGCUCUAUGGGUGGAAAACUUGCAGUAAUGCACCUAUUCAGAAGGCAAUGACACAACAGAAUGCAGAUGUAAAGCUUCAAUUUAAGCAAAGGGUCAUUCAGAUAGUGACACAGUUCAAAGAACAGGGAGUGAACACAGAAUUGUAUUAUAAAAACAAAGAUAUGGGUAAAGAUACAUUCAGCAUUGUUCCCACUAGUGCUAUCAGCGGUGAAGGUAUUCCUGACUUAUUGCUCUUACUUGUCCAAUGGGCUCAAAGGACAAUGGUUGAGAGACUUACAUUUAGCAAUGAAGUCCAGUGUACUGUAUUGGAGGUAAAGGUGAUUGAAGGCCAUGGGACAACAAUUGAUGUGAUACUAGUAAAUGGGGUGCUUCAUGAAGGAGACCAAAUAGUUGUUUGUGGCAUGCUGGGUGAACCUGUCGUGACCUCCAUCCGGGCAUUACUGACCCCUCACCCAAUGAAAGAACUUCGAGUAAAGGGUACAUAUUUGCACCACAAAGAAAUCAAGGCUGCGCAGUGCAUAAAGAUUACUGCACAGGGCCUUGAACAUGCUAUUGCCGGCACUAGUUUGUAUGUUGUGGGACCGGAUGAUGAUGUGGAUCACAUAAAAGAAGCAGCCAUGGAAGAUAUGAGGUCCGUGAUGAGCCGGAUUGAUAAGGGUGGAGAGGGUGUUUAUGUUCAGGCAUCUACGCUUGGAUCACUAGAAGCUUUGCUCGAGCAUCUAAAAAGUCCUGAUGUUAGCAUACCAGUUAGUGGCAUUGGGAUAGGCCCCAUACACAAAAAGGAUGUCAUGAAAGCCAGUGUCAUGCUUGAGAAGAAGAAAGAAUAUGCAGCAAUCUUUGCCUUUGAUGUUAAAGUUACACAAGAAGCUCGUGAACUUGCAGAUGAAUAUGGUGUGAAGAUUUUCAUUGCUGAUGUCAUGUAUCAUUUGUCUCAUCAGUUCAAAGCCUACAUUGAUCAUCUCAAGGAGGAAAAGAAAAAGGAAGUUGCUGAUGAAGCAGUCUUUCCGUGUAGACUUAAGAUUCUGCCUCAUGUAUUCAAUACGAAGGAUCCCAUCAUUCUAGGCGUUGAAGUUUUAGAUGGCAUUGCUCGGGUUGGAACUCUUAUUUGUGUUCCUCCAUUGGCUUCAAGGGACAUGGUUGAGAUUGGUCGGAUUGCAUCUAUCCGUAACAACGAUAAACCUGUCGGCUCUGCAAAAAGAGGACAAACAGUAACCGUUCAGAUAGUUGGGUCAAAUUCUGAAGAGCGACAGAAGAUGUUUGGCCGGCAUUUUGAUGUGGGAGACGAACUCGUCAGCAAGAUUUCCAGGAGAUCUAUCGACGUACUCAAGGAACAUUUCAGGAAGGACCUUUCUGUGGAAGAAUGGAGGCUGGUUGUGGAUCUGAAGAAGAAGUUGAGGAUACAAUGAGUCCUCGGCGUUCACUCUUUGGAGACAAUCAUAUAUAUAUACAGACAGUUCUGGGAAGUCUUCUUCCAUGAGCACCGUAUAAAAUGAGCACUCUCUUGUAGUAUUAUCAUACUGCUGCCGAUUUGGGUUGUUAAAUGUUAUUUUAGCAAAUUUUUUACUUUCAUUUUUUUUUUCUAAUUAGAUUUUAACAAUCUUUUUUUUACCACUUCUCUUAAAUCUUGCGAAGUUAAUGGGUGACAACU